CAUUUCGCAGCGCUAAGACCCCAGAUGAUCAAGCUGGGCGGCAGAUCAAAGCUGCCCCUCGAUAAUAUCACAGUUUACUACUGGACUAUAACUAAACGGCUUUGGAGUGACGCCCCCAUACCUACCUAGCUAUGCACAAUAAAGGCCCCAUUCCGCAGCAGCACGAUGGCAGCGGCCUGCGAAUUGGUAUUGUCCAUGCGCGCUGGAACGAGACCAUCAUUGAACCUCUUCUAGCGGGUACCAAGGCCAAGCUGCUCGAGUCCGGAGUUUCAGAAGCAAAUAUCGUGGUGCAGACGGUUCCCGGUUCCUGGGAACUGCCAAUCGCGGUCCAACGUCUCUAUUCGGCCUCGCAGGUGCAGUCCUCGUCGGCCGGUAGUGGCAGCACAGCGGGCGACCUGUUGGGCAGCUCAACUACAGACCUGACGCCCCUCCCCGCUGCGGGGGCUUCAACGGGCCCUUUCGAUGCCUUAAUUGCUAUUGGUGUGCUGAUCAAGGGGGAAACGAUGCACUUCGAAUAUAUCUCCGAAAGCGUAUCCCAGGGUCUGAUGCGUGUGUCUUUGGACACGGGCGUACCCGUCAUUUUUGGCGUUCUUACUGUGCUGAACGACGAUCAGGCAAGGGCCAGAGCUGGCAUUCUCGAUGGAAGCCACAACCACGGCGAAGACUGGGGUCUCGCAGCCGUCGAAAUGGCAGUGAAGCGGAAGAGUUGGGCUGCUGGUAGAAUCGAUUAGGAGAGAAAUCACACACCAUCUAGCAUCUAGGCUAGAUCCGCUUCGAGCCUCUUUACGAAGUACUCAUUCUAUACAGAAAUAAUCGCCUUCGCCUUUCUUGGUCGCUCCUGUCUCGACCUAGAGCCUCACUAACGGCUCUCUAGGAAGUCCCCCACGAGAGGGAACAGUCUGCCCCUAAACAAAUGA